UACUCUAUCCCUGAGCAUUUUUGUUCAUUCUCCAAGUUUUGAAUAUCCUUAAAAUUGGUAGACUAAGCUCUCGACAUCGCUCCUGACUACAUUUGACUUUCACCCCUACGUUUUCCGCCGCGGCCCGCCGCCUUCGUCAGUCAACUAUGAGUGAUAGCUCUCCGGUCCCUGAAACCCGCGUAUUAGCGGUCGCCAGUCAUGUGGUCUCUGGAUAUGUCGGGAACAAAAUAGCGGUCUUCAGCAUGCAGUCGCUAGGUUGCGACGUAGCAGCGCUGAACACCGUACAAUUCAGUAAUCAUACAGGAUACAGACAGUGGACAGGUUCGAGAGUCUCGGCGCAAGAGAUCACAGAGCUGUACCAGGGUCUGAAGCAGUCAUAUCUCGACGACUUCGACAUGAUGCUGUCAGGGUAUGUCCCCGGCGCUCCGGCACUCGAAGCGGUCGGGCAGAUAGCGCAGGAGCUCAAGCGCAAGGCAAAGCCAAAGCCGGGAAGCUUCUUCUGGGUCUUGGAUCCGGUCAUGGGUGACAAUGGCAAGCUCUAUGUGGCGCCCGAUGUAGUGCCAGUGUACAAGAGCCUCGUUCACCACGCAGAUCUAGUCCUGCCAAACCAGUUCGAAGCCGAACUCCUCUCCGAUGUAGAAAUAACCGACAUGCCCUCGAUCGCCCGGGCCAUACAGGUCAUGCAUGAGCGUUACGGCAUCCCGCACAUCAUCAUCACGUCGGUCUCGCUGCCGCAUCCGGACCACCCGGUUUCGUCGCUCUCGGUCGUGGGCUCGUCCAUGACGUCGGACCGCCGCGCGCGCGCCUUCAAGAUCGUCUUCCCCGCCAUUGACUGCUACUUCUGCGGGACCGGCGACAUGUUUGCCGCGCUGAUGGUUGUGCGCAUGCGCGAGGCUGUCCACAACGACUCGGGGGAGGGGCUGCUGACGAACAGGGAAUCGUGGUUGAGUGAUGACAGUGUCGACGCGCUGGACCUGCCGCUGGCGAGGGCCGCGGAGAAGGUGCUUGCUAGCAUGCACGAGGUGCUGACCAAGACCGCCGAGACUAUGGAGCGGACAGUGAAGAAGGCGGCGGCGGAGCUGGCGGCGGGAGCGGACGGGGCGGGGCCCGAGGCGGAAGAGAAGAAGCUGCACCUGUUGAAGAGCAAGGCAGCCGAGUUGAGACUGGUCAGGCAUCUGGACAGUCUGAGGUUUCCCAAGGUGGAGUUUCGUGCGACGAAGCUUUGAAGGGAACAGCAUAGCUGGACGGUGGGUUCGAGUUGGAUGCAUGUGCAUGUGGCGGCCCGCAUGAUAGAGAGCGAUAGACCGUGGGUUCUGGCAAUAAUACUGCCGAUUGCAUUGUUUCUAAGCUCCAGGCUGACCUGGCGCUCUUGAUGUUCCAUUUGUCAACUGGAUUUUCUCUUAUCCCAACGUCCUGUCCGAGUCCAAACCACCCGGAAGAAAUGCUAAUCAGGUUCAGUUGGUGCCAGCGCUCCCAAAGCCGCCCGU